AUGGCCUUCUUUUUCGUCGUCGGUACCAAAGACUUCACAAGCCCUUUGAAAGGCUACGAAGGAGUAACCGCACAGUGUCACAACUGUGGAAACUGGUCGGCGCAUCCCAUUCAAACGUGGGACUGGUUCACCUUCUGCUUCGUCCCCGUCAUUCCGCUGGGCGGGAGGCAUCAGGAGUUAGCAUGCUCCAUCUGCAGAUUUCGUCAAGAUAUGAGAAAUCGACCCGAUGUCGGCUCCAUGCAAGGUCAGGGACCUAUGAUGCCUCCACCAGGACCUCCGCAGGGAUGGGGUGGCCCUCCUCCAGGGCAAGGACCGAAUUAUAAGUGA